AAUACAUUCAGAAUGCGCAGAAUUAACCUCGAAUUUCGCACUUGAAAUUGUUUGAAAUAUAUCGAGUAACGAUUAUCACAAUAUUGUGAACUGUAUUAAGACGUUUACGAUAUAAAGACAUGAUUAGCAAAUUAAUCUCCGGCAUAUUUCAAUCUUUGCCACUCAUGAGAGCUUCAAGUCAGCUUUCUUCAGCAGUUAGUACGACACCUGUGCUAUGGAAUCCAUGGAAUUUAACAUUCGUUAGAAACAAAAUGAGAUAUCACUUUCCCCAUCCCAAUGAACGUAUGCGCAUAAAAAAACAUGGUUGGUUUGCAAGAAUGGCAACACCAAGUGGUAGAAAAAUUCUCCAAAGAAGAAUUUUAAAAGGCAAACAUGUAAUAAGUCAUUAAUCAUUAUAGUCAUCCAAUUACCUGGAAUGGAUGAGAAUGUUGUAAAGAAAUAAAUGCUUUCUCAUAAAUUUAAA